AUGGCUGGGCAGACUACACAUGUAGUUAUAAGUACAAGUUAUAAGGUAAAUCGGUAUCAUCUAGAUGCUCGUGAGUGGGUAAGUGUAACUAUGGAUGGACUCCCUUACCUUGUCAGCAUUCAAGUGAUUGAGAAUGUGCUAAUUUAUACAGAGUGUGGUGGGGAGGUGUUAAAGGAAAAUGUUGAAAAACAUUGUGUGGAGGUUCAUCAGGGACAGAGAUGUAAGUGCUUGCAAGAGUUUGGAUGGGUGGUGUUGAGAAUCGGAAAGUUGCACAUGGAAAUGAAUAUGGCAAGGCACUUUAUGGACAUGAACUGGGAUGUCUUUCUGAGUCAUCUGGCUAGUGAAUUGGGCUUUGUGUCAGAGGCUGCUCAGAAAUAUGUGAGAAAGGGGUCAGACCACCACAAAACAAUGUUUGUUUUGAAAGUGGCUCAUCUGGGCCUGUGGCAAGAAAUGCUCAUCCCAUAUGUUCGUGAAAGGCUCAGUGAAGGAUUAUCUGUAUCAGUUGAUGAUUACCCUUACAACUGGCUACCAGAAAAUGGCAAAAAAGAUCCAACAUAUUUCUAUAUGUUUGAAAUGACGUGGACUUACCUGAUGGGGCUGCAAGUGUUCCGCAUGGGUGUCAGAAGGAACAAUGCAAACUAUGUUAAAGCAGGCCAGGUGGUUUUUGCACCCAUUUUUCAACGCAGCAGUGCCUCCAAAUAUGCUCUAAUUGAUUUGCAUGACAGGUAUUUACAAAAUCCUAGUUUGGUAUUAUCAGCCUUUUAAUUGUCAGUCCUUUAACGUAAAGAAAGCUUGAAGCCAAGUCACAUUGGUCAUUGUCUUCUUUUUAAUUGGCUGAGGAGAAGGGGAAAGUAUUUGUAGCCAACUAAUCACAUGUUUUUUUAUAGAGUAUUGAUUUCUUGAAAAAGUCUUGAAAUUUGCCCACCAAUUUUCCAGACCUAGGAAAAUUUCUGUAAAGUAGAAUAAUGGAUACUAUUAUUUUCAGUUCUUCAAAAAAUGUUUUAUGGGUGGAAUUUCUCCCGUUUUGGUCAAAUCUGCAUGUGCAAGAUUUGCAUUUAAUUACCCUGAGUAUAGAAAAAGAAAUUCCUGUUUUUGAAAUUUGUCUUGAAUUUUGGAAUGAAAAAAAUCUAUACAAACCCUGUAAUCAGAAAGGUCAAUGCAAGUGUUCUUUACUUAAAUGUAGAAACGAAACGUACACAGAAAGCGAUUUCAUAUUUUUCAGAUUGAACAGAGAAUCUUACCCUGAAGAACUGAGGCGAUUUAUAGAAAGAACAGAAUCUGUUAGUACAUCUGGUAAUCCAAGCAAAGGAGAGCACAUGGAUGCCUGUUUAGAGGAAGUAAACAAGGAGUCAAAGACAUGGCAGCAUGGCACCAUGACUGCAAUGGACUGGUUGCGGAUUUUCAGAAAUCUGGAAAAUCUUACUCAGGUAAAUUGUUGA